UGACCAAUCAAAACAUCCCAUUGUCGCCAAAUAGAAACACUACCGUUUGUCGGUGGCGUGCAUGCACUUUUACUGCGCUUUUAAAUUUACGUACGUAUUGUUUUGGCAACGAAAUUUUUCAGAUAAAAACGUUUUUCGACAUGUAAUAAUUCUACACUUUGUGUAUUAUAUUAGAAUAUAAAAGAAUAUUUCAAGUUUUAAUUUGCACAUACGUAUAUAUGACACUUGAUAGUAUAAGGUUAAGGUAAAAAUGUUUGUUUUGGCGGAAUUGAAAGAUACUGUUAGGAUACCACCAAGUAGCUUUAAAUACAAAUUGAACGACGUGAUUGCUGACGAAUUAAACAGAAAACUUGCUAAUAAAGUGUAUAAGGAUGUAGGUUUGUGCAUCACAUUGCACGAUAUUACAAAGAUCGAAGAGUCAUACAUUUUUCCAGGAGACGGAGCUUCUCAUACAAAAGUGACGUUCAGAUUUAUUGUAUUUCGUCCAUGGAUGGAAGAAAUAUUAAUAGGAAGGAUUCGUAGCUGUAGUCCUGAGGGAGUACAUGUUACAUUAGGAUUUUUUGAAGACGUAGUCAUACCACCUCAUAAGUUACAACACCCAUCACGCUUUGACCAAAUGGAACAAGCGUGGGUUUGGAUAUACAAGACUGAAGAGGGAAAAACACAUGAUUUAUUUAUAGAUGCAGGAGAAGUUAUACGUUUUAGAGUAGUGAAGGAAAUCUUUACGGAAGCACCUUUACCAUCAACACUUAAUGCAGCUCGAGAUAUAAAUGAGCAACCAGAAGCCAAUAACAUUGCACCAUAUAUUUUACAUGGAUCAAUUGAUGAACCUGGUCUAGGGGUACUUUCCUGGUGGGAUAAUACAUAAUUUAUCACAUACAUUAAUUCUAAGCAAACUAGAGGAUACAUUAUUAAAAAUACAGAAAAACCCUGGUCAAUAAAUUUUUAUUUCACAGCACA